AUGAACAAACUUCUGCAAUUUUCUGGCGUCACGGAGAAGUCGUUCUGGGCCAUCCUUCGCAGAUCAUUAGGGUGGGAGGCGAAGGCUCGCUUUUUCGACGCGGAGUUCCUGAGGGACCAUUACCCUGACCACGAGCUCGACGGCGUGUUUGCCAGGAAGCCGCACUUGAAAAAGUUGCUCGUCAGCUCGCCUGCCGUUGGCGUGGUACUGAAAAUCCAAGACGGUUUUGAGCGCGAGAACAACUGGGAGUGUUGCGGGCAGAUCAUCGAGGAGUACGCCGCCCUUGGCGGCGACGGCGGCCUGACCGAAGCCACGAUGAGAGAGGCUUGCGGUCUGAAGCCGCGCCCCCAAGGCGAGAGCGACAAAUUGCUCGGCUUGCGCUCCGUGAUGGGCCAGGGCGUAGAGGCGCCAGCAAAGGCGAAGGAGUUGGAGAAGGCCGUCGAGGAGCUACUGCCCGCAAUCAUCGAAGAGUGCACCCUGAAGAGAAAGGACAGCUUGAACUUCACCGCCUUCAAGAAGAUCAAGCUACCAGCGGUGCCAGGGCUCGAAGGUCAUAGCAGGGAGGGCUUGUGGAACCUCUUGCGCAAGUCCGGCGUUGUGUUCGCGGUAAAGGCGUGGCCUUCUGGCGAGGGCGUGACGCCGCGUCUUCCGAUCUCAAAACCGUUUGCAGAUGUCUGCGACAGGGCCCCAUCGGGAUCGGAGAUGUCGUUCCCCGAGCGCUACGACAUGGCCACGUUUCGCGAGUACGUCGACGGAGCAGAGCACAGGAAGCACAACGUCGGCAUUUUGCGCGAGCACCUCCAUCUCUCGCUCCCGCGGCACCACGGAGCCAUGAGCAAGAGCGCCAAACAGGAGAAAGAUGAGGCGCUGAAGAGAACGCGGCGUCUCGAUGCGCAUGAACAAACGUGCGGCGCCAUUCUCAACAGAUUCCAGGACCUCGAGGAGGGCGGCGUCGCGCGGCGCAGCGUGGCGUACCGCAACAUCCUCGCCGAUUUCCGGAGCCGCCGCGUGGCGACCGAAGUGGCGGCUCAGUCGUGCUCCAGGAGGGCUCCGCAGCAAUUGGUGCCCAGCGUCCCGGACUUCGACAUAUCGAAUUGCAUGUUGUCAUUGACGAAGCAGUUGCUGGAGAAGCUUGGCCUGAUCAGCUCGCUGCCCGCCCGCUUGAGAGAGUUGCUCGCGAAGUGCGCCGAUCAGCGAGACACGGUGUGCACGGUCGAUCUGGGGGUCACCAGGGAGCAGGGCAAGCGGCUGCUCUCGGAGCUGAUCAGUGGAUCCGCCGCGCCGGAGGAGCGCAAGGCAGACCCCGUUGUGCAGGAGGUGCAAGACUUGUCGAGGUACCUGCGUUGGUUGGCGUGCUCGUUGCUACCCGACGUGUACGACCAGAUGAGAAACGAUCAGUCGAAAUCGUAUCCUGAGGCGUCCACCUCAUUCUACAUGUGGUCGGCCGUCGAAGACUUGGUACUCUCGCGUUGGCUCGACUUCGUUUUGCGAGGCUCUCGGUCGCACGUUUCCUUGCACUACCACGGCAUUCGGAUCCGGAACCCAGCGGGCGACGUCGACGUGGAGGAGUUCUGCGCGCAGAGCUGUGCGCACAUUGCAGCGCAAACAGGGCUCAAGGUGCAUAUCCGGCAGAAGAUCCACAAGACUUUCUUCGCUCUGGUGCAGGGGAGCGGAAGUCGUCUUGAAGAUUGCAGUUCUGACGACGGCAACGACGAGGUUCUGCUGGCGGACGGCAACUGCAUUCUCCUGGCUUGUGCGCGUCUGAGCCCCGACCUGCGGGCCCCCGCAUCGGAGGCGGCGCGCAGUGGCGCCGGAGGUUCUCGCGGAGUCCCCUGUCGCGAGUACGCAGCCGUGCGCGAUUCGCUGGGGAUUUCCUUUGCUCCUUGCAUGGGGGCGCAUAUGUCGGAACCUGGUAAGUACAUCAUCCACGCGGAAGACAAUGGGAAGCCGCAUUGCGUUCCUUUUCAUGUUUCGUCUUUGAAUGAAGAUUGCACCUUCUGGAUGGGGCCCGCCAGAUACUCCAUCUCGCUGACAUCCUUGAGGGAGCGCAUCGCCUCUGCCACAGAUGAGAGCACUCUCGUUACUUUCGGUUUCGACAGGGACCACUCGGCGCCACACGAUGCGCCCCAGGGCUCAGAUAAGGAAGCCUCCGAAAAGUUGCUGGAGCUGCGGGCUGGGGCCGGUGGCGAACCAGUCUCGACUGACAGCGUCCCGCUUGGCGACUUCCUUGCCGCCGCGAAGAAGGAGGUGUCCGUUUACUUGGGCGGCCUGAGUGGAUGCAGCAGAAGAGGGUAUGGCAAGAGUAUGUUCAUGCACGCGUGCAAGCUGUGCCCGAAACGAUACUUCGCCUGGAAGAACAGGCUGGUCGAGCACGUGAGAAAGCACCACCAGAAGCGGACGUCUUUCGCCCCAUACAAGUGCAACAAAAUGUUCCGCAUUGCGAAGGCCAUCUAUGACAGUGACCAGAUGCGCGGCGUUUCUGGCGAUAAAUACUUGCAGAGGGCAGCGGCUCUGGUGCGCAGGCAGGCGAGCAAGGGGCUGUCCAAGAGGGCCCACGCGCACCUGGACGAGCACAUGGUGCUCGUGUUGGAAGAAGGCGGGCCGAGGUACUACCCGCAAUCGGAGCAUUGCCGGACGUUCGUUCGCCGCGUCGGCGACUGCUACUCGACGCGGGAGUUAUACAAUCAGCUUUAUAGAGAUGCAUUGUUGUCCGAUGGCCGCGUCGAGCGCGUCAUGAAUGCUGCUUUCCAGCGGUCAGAGCUGGAAGGGAAUGCGAUUACUUCGCUGAUGACAAGUCAACAGACUACGUGGCAUAAUAUGAUGGCCGAUGUGUUCCGAGCUCCACAGGCGCGAGAGCACCUCACUGGCCUGCUGGAGGAGUGCGAGGAUAACGGCGAGUUCAAGUGGGUGUCCAUCGACGGCACGUCUAAGCUGGCAUUUACUCUGGUUGGGCAAGCUUCCUACAGGGCGCCGCGGUGGGUUCGAGAAGAUCAGGCCAUUCCCAUUGUUGAUCAACUUCAUACAGCUUUGACGAUGCGGGGCCGGGCGGGCGCCGUGCUGUUGGCGACGCCUAUUCAGACUGAGAAGACCGAAAACGCAUGCAGUGCUCUUUCAGUGGCAUUCUCGGCAUCGCAGCUGGCACAAGUCCAGUACCUUGUCACGGACGAUCCGUCGGCGAAGCUGCUCGAUGGGCUUCGAGAUGUCUGUGGCAACCUCAAGGCAAUCGCCCUGGACUGUUGCCAUCUGGCCAUGGUCUACGAGCAGGCCAACUGGGAAAAGAGGAGUCAAGGGAGCAUUGACAUUCGCAAAAUCGCUGCGAAGCUGGAGGCCAAGUACGGCGCUGGACCUCGCGGGGAAUUCUUCGACGGCACGAACGCCGCCGCGUCCGCGCGGGGCGAGAAGAUUGCCCGCGGUGACAUCGGGCGCAAAAGACUCACUGUCGGGAAAGCAAAGCGGAUCCUGGACGACAUCGACGUGAGCAAACCCUUCCAGACUCGCACCGAGGUCGUGCGAUGCAUAGAGGCCGUUGCCCGCGUGCGCCACAGGGAGAUGAAGAAGACGCUGCCUUCAGGCAAGACGAGGUUGCAGAUGCUCAGGUGCGCAGCUCAACCAGAGAGGCUGGAGUGGAUGCUGAAUGCGGCUCGGAUUCGUUCCAGGAUGACGCGGGAAGAGCGCGUCCUAUUGCCCGCAGGCACCACAUCGAACGAGUCUUUCCACAUGGAGCUCAAGCGGAGCUUUUUCGGCCAGAGCAUGCACCCAUGCAUGCUUGCCCUAAAGCUCGCCGUCAUUCGCGCCGCCAAGCUGAUGACGCAUAAUUCGGCUCUGUACCGCCAGAUGCUGGCGCAGAUUCCGCAGAGCCGCCUGCUUCGUCGCUUGGCGGGGGCGACGGAGCUAUUCGGCCUGGCGAGCUGGGAGCGAUGGUGCGCCCUUCUCUGCGCCGACGGCGCCGUGCAGAAG